ACACUGCUGUGAGCUCAUCACACGUAAUCAACUUUGGGCUAGGAGAUAAUCUGUGGUGGCCAGUGGUCUUGUAUGUAUUAGACUCCUUAAUGUUAAGCCUUAUUGUAGCUGCCUUGACUCGAUACUGAGAUGCUGGCCGUCCCAGCACGUCUCACCAGCAGAGGGAAGUGGAGCUGUGUCAGAUUGACCUUGUGUGCCAUGCUAAGAGCCUCACCAGUACUUCCCCAAGCCCACGUUGCUCCUUACCCUUAGUUUACAUUGUGCAUCAGCAGCUGUGGCUCAGCUCUCAGGGUGACACUGGGCUCCUGUUUUCAUCACAGCAACAAAGAUUUGCUCCCCUUGAGAGAACUGCUGCCCUUAAGGCAGGGAGAAAAUUAACCUUGUCCUCCCCUGCCUCUGACCAACAAAAACACAAGGGCAAUCUGAGACCACCACCUCUCUUGGUGGUUAUCAAGUGAGUUACCUGCAGUGUCCAGUAAGUGAGAACAUAGCAAUAACUUAAUUUCUGGUUGAUACUGACUACUCUUUAUUUAUUUGCAUUCUUACUGCUAUUGAAGCAUCCUCACAGGUGCAGGAUGAGGGAACUUGUGGUGCUCUGGGCCAGGCUUGCUUCUCACCUCGGGAAGGAGAGCAGGAAAACACAACUUGCUCUUCAGGAUGCGAAUUCUUGUCACUGUCCUUCCUCAGUUGCACAAUAAACUCAUGUAGGGAUCUGGGAUGAAGAGCUGUUCUUAAAAUAAAUGUGACCAACAGUCAAGCAUUUGUGUUAGAACUGCUAUUAGUGGCGUUUUAAGCACGUUUCUUCUCUGACUUGGUUUCUGCUCGCUCCCCUGAGCUCGGGGCCAUCAGGGUUCUGGAACCCUUUCAACAUUGGCUUGCAGGGUGCAUCUUGAAAUUCUUGAAAUUGAAUGGUCCCCGUUCUUCCUAACAGAAUCAAGACGUUGAGAUUCACUUUUUUUUUAUUUGAAAUAGGUUUCAGAAAGAGCCUUACUUCUGGUUGAGUGAGGAGAAAGCUGGCAGGGAGACGUGAGCAUGAGGGAGUUCUUGAGCCGGGCAGAGCCUGUGUGGAUCAAGGGGCAGAUGCUGCUGUGCACUCUGUACUCUGCUUACCUGGGAGCCAGGUUGGUGGAGUGACCUCCAACAUCCCUUUCUCACCCUCCUCCCAAGUCUCUGGUUCUUGCUGAACGACUCCCAGGGAGCUUCAAAUCCUGCAAUAAACCACCUGUCCAGCAAAUCUGUGAGUGCUCCCAUCUUGCAAGCAAAAGAAAUAGGUAAAAGCCUUUCCAUGUCAAUGACUUGAAGGAUUUGAUUGCUUUUUUCCAGCCUCACUGGCAGUGGAAGAUAAGAUCUUGCUGUGAUCAGGAGAAAUAUGACUGAGGAAGUUGGUAUAAAUCCUUUCAUGGGCAAGAAUAUUGUAAGAGAUGGGCUCCCUGAAACGUUGUGUCUCCUGGAGCAAUGGGGGUGGAGCCUGCCUGCCCAGCCAGGAGCUGAGUUUUUCAAUGGGAAAAGUCCCAGGUAAAGGCAGACCUUAAAGUGAGCUCUGCUUUCCUUUCAGGGGCAAAUAAGAUAAGAGAGGGAGGAGGUGGCAGAGGCUUUUGUUUCACCAUGAUUCCCAAGACUGGAAUUUAAACAAUCUGGAAACACUUUCAGAUACCGCAGAGUUCAGUUAAUGAUGGUUAAGACUGUAUAAUCUCUUCAGACAGCACUGCUUGUCUUUGCUGUCUGAGAGGCCCUCAAAUGGGGACAGACUUUGGCAGUGGAUAUCUGCUGGGUGGGACUACACUGCCAUCAAGCUGGUUCUGAGGAGUAUUUAUCCCUUUAGUCCCCUUCCCUAGAAAGCCUGAAGGUUUUUGAGAAGAAGGUGGAUGCUGCACUGAGGGCCGUGGGCAGUGGGCAUGGUGGGGAUGGUCCUUGGUGCCUGGAUGGUCCUUGGUGCCUGGAUGGUCCUUGGUGCCUGGAUGAUCUCAGUGGUUUUUUUCCAGCCUUGAUUCUAUGAUUCUGUGCAGGUGGGUGGGAUGCUUUGCCCACAGAUUAAAAACCCCAUCGAUCUGAUGGACAGAAGACAGCUGCCAAGCUGUACGAAGCGAGACCUGGGAAUCCACUGCCUGUCUUCAAUCAUUGCAGAUAUGGACAUGGAGCUACAGCAAGCAUAUGGAUCUGCAGGGAGAGGCCCUGGUGUGGGUGCAUGGAUGUCUCUCUUCUGCCUGGCUUGCUGUUGCUGCGAGGUUUUCAGUCUCCUCAGCCAUGCCUGAGGAGUUUUGCUGGCUUCUCUGCUCUGCUGCCUCCCUCCAGUGGCUGUGCUCUGGCUCUCCUGCUCCAGGUCCUGGUGCACAGCAAAGCCCAGUGCUGUCAGCUGCUCCUGCCAGCAUCACUAGGGCUGUUGGUGGGCACUGCUGUCCUGGGGACGUGGAAAUGGCUUUGCUGUAGCUGCCCUUUGUGCAGAACUUGAGGGCAUCUGAGCGUUCUGUGCCCCAUUUCCAGGGCAUUGGGUGCACAGGUUUUUAAGAAACGCUUCCUUCACAGAGUGCAGUCAGGCAUUGGAACGUGCUGCUCGUGGCAGCGGUGAAGUUCCACUGGAGGUGUUUAAGGUACAGGUUGACAAUGCACUGAGGGAUGUGGUGCAGUGCUGGGACUCAGUGAGUCAGGCUGAUGGCUGGAGUCAUCGAUCCUGAAAGUCUUUUCCAGUCCAACUGAGUUUGAUUCUAUGAAUCAAUGGCUUCCUUGGCCGGAGCCAUUUUCCUCCCCCAGCCUCUCCCUCUUCUGACCCUUUUACUGCCUCCUCUUAUCAUUUCACCACUCUGCUUCCCUCCAUCUUUCUCUUUCUGUUCUUCUUCCCCAAAUUCUCUUCUGUUUUCUCUCCUCUUUGCAUACCAACCACACAUACCUCAGGAGCAUUCCUCCUGCUUUUUGUUUUGCUUUGCUUUUCAUUUUUUCCCCUUGCUCUGGCUGGAUUUCCCUACUGUGAUCCAUUCCCUGCUCCACUCCAUACGCGUUCCCAUUGCCAUUCCCACUCUUAGCCAUGGAGAGGUCCCUUUCUCAGCAUGCAGGGAGCAGGGCAUUGUGUUUAUCACUCCACGUUCAUUUAGGCACUCGUGCAUGUGAUGUAUCCUGUGCGAUGGCAUCUUUCUGAGAACUGUAAUUCUGAGGCUUGGUUCUGGAUUUUAAAAUAGUCAAUCUGCAAAGGCAGUUCCCUGUGUUUCCUGCUUGCUUUUGUCAAAGCCCUUGAGAUUUCAAGAGGUCAUCUCAGCCAGUUCCUCACGUUCUCACGGUAAGUAACUCCAUGUCUUGCAUGCUUCUUUAUUGGGGUCUUUCUUGGCUCUGCCUUGCUCCUGUGUGCCCCUUCUCUGUUGGACCCCUCCAAGCUCAGGUGUGAGAUGGAGGCAGCAUUCUGAAUGCUUCCACUUCCUCCAGGUCACGUCUUUGUGGUUCUUCCUCCUGGUUAAGCAAGAGGCUAAGCCUUCUCUUUGCCUUCCUCUUGUUUUUGAUGCAGUUACACAAGCAGAGAACCUUUUGCAGUCUUCCUCAGUUUUAACUCAUUUUGUGCCUUUACUAUUUAGCAUCCCGGUCACUUUUUAAGUACCACCUCCUGAGAGUACAGGAACAGGAGGUCAAGAAGGUGAGCAGAAGGCCAGCAUUCAUCCCAGGGUACUAAGAUGUCACUGCAGGACCUCUCUCAGUUAUUUUGCAAUGAGAAGGGUAAGCUGAUGGGUCAGAUCCGAAGGGUUAUCACACAUGGGGUUCUGUCAGGCAGGUGGCCAGUCACUGGUGGGGUUCCUCAGGGCUCCAUUUUAGGGUCAGCUCUCUGGCACUAAGGCAGCCUGCUGGCAAUGCUCGUAAGGCAGGGUUCUUGGUAGUCGGAGCUCACUGCUUGCCCAUGGCCAAACCUCAGUGCCCAUCAGGACAGUUUGUUGUUCACAUCAGCUUGAUGGACACGGUGUCGGGACAAUAUUCAGAGACUUACAGAAGAAAGAUGAGAAGGGACAGGUCGUUCUGGCAAGACUGCCUGAUGUAAGAUGCUGUUGUGAAACUAAACGGGAGAAAAUGGCACUUGGGAGGAGGGUAGGAGGGAGCACAGCGAGCGCUGCUCUCCCAAGGCCACGUCUGCUGGCAAAAAGUUAACACAGCCCAUGGUCAGCUGGAGAAUCACUUCCUCUGCUGGAUCUGUCCCCUGCUCGGAAAGGGCUCCGGGGUGAGGGGAAUGGGGAAGUCCUUCCUCCUGUGCCCAUGGGGUGUGCAUUUCACCCCUCUGUGCUGGGGACUGGGAGCAGUGGGGUGGAACCAGCAGCACACGUGGCAGGCUGUGGUGUGUCUGUGUCAGAGCCCAGGGCACGUGCCUGAGACAAGACCAUAGAUGGAAUCAAGCAGCAGAGCGAGGGGAUAAAGCUGGGCAGAAGCUCACUUUGGGAACCCUAGCUGAGAGUGAGCCUCGGUGUGAAAAAGGAACUGCCUGCGCUGGUGCUGGGAGGAUGCAGCCUCCACCUCUUCACUGCACGUGAUUUGGAUGCUGGAGGUCUUCUGGAGCAGUGGCCAAAGAAGGAGCCAUGAGCAUCCUGGUGGUGAAGGGCAUCCUGCCCCUGCUGCUCCUUGCUUGGCCGCCCGCUGGACAAAUGACUUCCGUGUCCUUAGGGUCAGAUCUCACUUUUCACUGUCUGCCAAACAGCCCUGACAGGGAGGUGGUGUGGUGUGACACCUUAAGCAAGAAGAAGAAGGCAGAGAAAGACACAGGGUCUGCUCUACACAAGGAAAAUGUUUCUUCCAACUUCACCUUUACAAGCGUGAAUGAAAAGCAUGCUGGAAAUUACACGUGCAAGAUGAAGACCUCCUGCCCCGUUGCUGAAAAAAAGAACCGCCCAUGCAAGAACCACAAGGCCAAAGAUACUUGUGGCAAGAGGAACCCGCUGUGCUGGUUCAUGCUCUGGACAGAGAAUAAGACCAUGCACGUGAAGUGGUGGACAUGCCCAGAGCCUCCUGAUAACUGCUUGGAGCACAGCAAGGCACAUCACAGUGACAGCCAUGGCAGCAUGGAUGCAGCCAGCGCAGAGCCCAUUGUGUGCACCGUAUCCAGCAGAAGCUUCACAGGCACUGAAAAUGCCACCCGAGGGAUGGCUCCCAGCUCUGACCCCAAGACUUCUCCGACCCGUGAGCCUCAGAUUCAGGAAGGUCUCAUAGCAAUCAUCUACCUGUACGCCAUCCCCGGGUUAGUGGUUGUGACUCUUUUCCUCCUGCUUUGUAUUUUGGUGUGCCUGUGCAGAAGAAAGCAAAAGGAUGCUAAAGGUAAGGCUGAGCCUGGGCUGUGGGGCUGUGGGAGCUGGGGAGCAUCUUCUGUAUGGGCUCCUUGGGUAAAAGAAGCUGUGGGAAACCCCGACCAUGCAGGUGCAUUAAAAAUAACAGCACUCAAUGUUGGGGUUUUUUGGGUUGUUUUUGUUUUUGUUUUUUUGUUUUUGUUUUUUGUUUUUUUAGGAUCUCCUGAAAGCAAGCAUGCAGCAGAGAUGAAUCAGCUCAGCACGCCUCCCCCAGCGCCUCAGACUGAGGACCUGACGUAUGCAAAGCUGAUCUUUGAAAGGACAGGGGCAAUACCUGCAGCCUCAGAAGUGGUGUACACAGAAAUAAAACCCCUGCAAAAGAAGUAGAGAGCUGAGGAUGGCCAUGCUGCUCUGCAAAGGGAAGCUCUUAUCAGGUGCACUGGGUGAUGGAUAUGCUGGUAGAGCCCUGGAGCAGUGUUCUUCAUUUCCUCGCUGUGUCCACGUCCAGCAUCUGCUGCGAUGGAUUUGGCUCUGCUCUGAUUCACACACCUGAAAAAUGACAAGCAAAGAUACAAAGGCAUCAUUUGCUGUGGAGAGAUCCAGGAUGGAUACAGCCAAAGCCCACCAGUGACCGGCCACCAGCCUGAUGGAACCCCAUUCACUCUCUGAGCCUGGCAAGUCAGCCAGUUGCUCACCUAUAACGUUAUAUUUCUUGCUAGCUCUAUGCUGGAUGUUUUGUCUGGAAGGAAGCAGUGUCAAAAGCUUUACUGAAACCCAAAAAGUGAAUGCUGACUGGCUUCACUUGGUCAACCAGAUAGGUGGCCUUGUUGUAUAAGGAUAUCAAGUUAAUUCAACAGGACCUACGUAAUGUGUGUGUGUGUGUGUGUGUUCAUCUUCUCUCUCUCUCUCUCUCUCUCUCUCUAAAAUAUAUUUUCUCUCUUCCUUUUUUCUUAGUCAACAGUUUGUAUCUUAAUUCACAAUUUCUACUUUGUUUGCUGUGGUUUUUUUCACCCCUGGGUGCUGGAUGAAGGUUGUCACUUUGCUGUGCUGUGUGGCCUUGGCUUACAACACGAUGAAAUUGCUGGCUGGGAUAGCAAUCGGGCGUUUGUGCUCUGCACUGCAGCCAUCCUUGUGCUUUGGGAGCCAAACUGUGGAGUAAGCAAAUGCUUUGUUUAUCUCCUUGGGAGGCAAUGGGAGAUGCUUUCUGUUGUUUCCUCGGCCUCUCUUUCACUUUUCCUCCUUCUCUAAACCAGUUACAAUAGCUCUCAGGAAUGUUGAUUAUCCUUGGAAGAUCUGCUAUGUUACCCAGGGAAGGGGACCACCAUGGAGAAAGGUAUCCAGCACUGAGGGAAUUGGUGCUGGAGGUGGUGUUAUCCCAAAUCCAGGUGGGGUGAGGUUCCCUGUGAGCUGUGUGACUGAGAUCCGCACAGGCUACACCAGCAUUGGUGGUGGUGGCUGGCAAUUGGUGCUGGUGUGUGUCUGCCCCGGCAGCAGGGCUAGGAGGAGGUUCCUUCUGAGCACUGGGAAAUGCUUCCCAGCUGUGUGAGGGAAGGGCAGCAGAUCUGCCUCCUUGGAC